ACUAAAUGAACAAAACCAUAAUAACAUUGAUAACAAUAAUUAUGAUUACAUAAGCAAAGAGACACUUCAUAGAAAAUAAAAUUCAAAAAUACCAAGAAUUGCUUGGAGGUGUUAAAUGGUAGUCUCCAAAAAGUUUUAAAAAUGAUAAGAAUUACAGUAAAGCCCUUGAGGAAGCAAGACAAGAAUUCCAUCAUGUUUGUCAUCUCUCUAAUAACGUGGCUUGGGUGAAAGUGGGCAAGGCCGGUUUCUAAAUUGUAUAAGGAAUAAUGUGGUGGGUAUAAUAUUUAAUUCAACAUUUUAGUUCGAAGUUAAAUUGAGUGAUAAAGGAGCAUAUCAGAUGAAAGUAUAUUAGGACUUGGAAGGAACAUUUGAAUUAGUAGAAUGCAAAAAAUGAAUAAUUAUUCAUACUAUAUAAUAAGUUAAAUCAUAAAUA